AACAUUAUAUGAAUGAAGUCUAAUUAUUUAUCCUUUUCUUUUUCACUGUUUUAAAAUAAGAUAAAAUUAUAAUUGAAGUUAGCGAUGUAUCUUUUUAGAACACACUAUUGUUCGUAUUUUUUGACCAAUGGUAAAGUCUCAUGUGUAGUGUGUCUAUGUCUUAUAGUGAUCUCGACGCGGCAAUCUCGGCGUCCGACCUAAGUCAAAGUGAUUUUUAGGCGCAACUUUCAAUAAAUAUGUUGUGCUAGUAUCGCGAAAGCAAAGAACGAUGAGCUUUUCUAGUGAUGAAGUCAAUUUCUUGGUUUACCGAUACCUUCAAGAAUCUGGAUUUCAACAUUCUGCAUAUACAUUUGGUAUAGAAUCACAUAUAUCACAAAGUAAUAUAAAUGGAGCAUUAGUACCACCUGCAGCACUUUUAUCAAUUCUACAAAAAGGACUUCAAUAUACAGAAGCAGAGAUAUCAAUAGGUGAAGAUGGAACUGAACAAAGAAUGGUAGAAUCUCUUUCUCUUAUUGAUGCUGUUAUGCCAGAUGUUGUGGCAUCAAGGCAAAAUCAAAUUAAUCAACAAAAACAACAAGUGAAAACAGAAGUCCAAGACACAAAUGGAGAGGAAGUUGUUACUUCCAAUGAAGGUGUAGGCACAAAUGAAAGAGGAGGAGAUAGAACAGAAAUGGAAGUAGAUGAACAACAACAAGGUUCAGGCAGAGGAACUAAUGCUAGCGCUGUUGAAAUUCCAGACACUAAAGCUACAAUAUUACGUGGUCAUGAAUCAGAAGUUUUCAUAUGUGCAUGGAAUCCAACAACUGAUCUUUUGGCUUCUGGUUCAGGGGAUAGUACAGCUCGUAUCUGGGAUAUGUCUGGUAGUUCUCAGGCUCCAAAUCAACUUGUCCUUCGUCAUUGCAUACAAAAGGGUGGUACGGAAGUACCAAGCAAUAAAGAUGUUACUUCAUUAGAUUGGAAGUGUGAUGGUACUUUAUUGGCUACAGGAAGUUAUGAUGGUUAUGCACGAAUUUGGAAAACAGAUGGCAAAUUAGCAUCUACAUUAGGUCAACAUAAGGGUCCAAUUUUUGCAUUAAAGUGGAACAAACGUGGAAAUUAUAUAUUAAGUGCUGGAGUUGAUAAAACAACAAUCAUAUGGGAUGCAGAAAGUGGACAAUGUACUCAACAGUUUAGUUUUCAUUGUGCACCUGCCUUAGAUGUUGAUUGGCAAACAAAUACAUCAUUUGCUAGUUGUUCCACUGACCAAUGUAUUCAUGUAUGUAAACUUAAUGUUGAUAAACCAAUCAAAAGCUUCCAAGGUCAUACGAAUGAAGUUAAUGCUAUAAAAUGGGAUCCUCAAGGCAAUUUAUUGGCUAGUUGUUCAGAUGAUAUGAGUCUUAAAAUUUGGUCUAUGAAACAAGAUACAUGGGUACAUGAUUUACAAGCUCAUAGCAAAGAAAUAUAUACUAUUAAAUGGUCCCCAACUGGACCUGGAACCCAUAAUCCAAAUAUGAAUUUAACUUUAGCUAGUGCAUCAUUCGAUUCUACUGUAAGAUUAUGGGAUGUUGAAAGAGGUGCAUGUAUACACAGACUUACAAAACACACAGAACCAGUGUAUAGCGUAGCAUUUAGUCCAGAUGGCAAAUUUCUUGCUAGUGGGAGUUUUGAUAAAUGUGUUCAUAUUUGGUCUACUCAGAACGGUCAAUUGGUGCAUAGUUACCAAGGUACUGGAGGAAUUUUUGAAGUAUGUUGGAAUAGCCGAGGUGACAAAGUUGGUGCUUCUGCAUCUGAUGGCAGUGUAUUUGUUCUUGAUCUUCGUAAAAUGUGAUCGCAAUUAAAUAAUAGAUUAUACUUCAUUUCUUGGA